AUACCAAGCGAUCGGUGAUUUUAAUAGUCAGUCCUGGUCGUGUAUCGUUUGUCAGAAUUGGAUCCCCGCGGCGUUUAUUUCGGCUGCAGCCGAGGGUGAAACACAUUUUCAAAGAUAUAUUGAGAGGGUGACUCGUUUCUACGGGGGUGAUCGAUAUAACACAUGCGCCCUACGGUGUACAGAUUCCUGGCUGAAACCCGCGUUCAACAGCUUUUCAACUUGUAUACAAACCCAGCGCUCUCCGCAGUUUCCUUCUGUCGUCACUUCUCCUCUGCCGUCGUAAUAAAUCGGCCGUGUUAUCGCUUUCGAGCAGAUAAAGCUUCAUUGAUCGUGGAAGAUCGUUCGAUUCCGUGAUUAUCGCAACGUGGUACAUGGUGAUUAUUCGAUUAUAAUUCGAAGCCAUUACACGCGUAAUUAAAAUCGUUCCAUUGAAUUCUUCUGAAUAUCGACACGGCGCAAGCAUGCAAGCCGAGAAGGCAGAUAACGAAACUGAGAAAAACGACGCAAAGGUAGAGAAGAACGAGGAAGCCGAGACGGAGAAAAGUAACGCGGAUGGGGAGAAGAAAGGGGAGGACAAAGCGGAAACGAACGGUGCCACCAAGGAGGCGACCGAAUGCGUGGCGAAUUUGAAAAUCGAAGAAAACGAGACAGGAAGAUUGACGCCUAGCAGUCCAAGCGCCGCGCAGUCUGGCAGCUUUUUGCAAAGUUUCAAGGCUUUUUCGAAAUUCGGCGAUCCGAAAAGCGAUGGGAAAUUGAUCACUCUGAGUCAGAGCGACAAAUGGAUGAAACAGGCGAAGGUGAUCGAUGGAAGGAAGAUCACAACCACCGAUACUGGGAUUUAUUUCAAGAAACACAAAUCCAUGAAAUUAGGUAUCGAACAAUACAAAUCGUUCUUGGACGAGCUGGCCAAAAGUAAGAAGGUCGAUCCAGCGGAGAUGAAGAAGAAAAUGGCGAAUUGUGGACCACCUGGAGUCUCAGCCGGCGCUGGUGGAACAGGAAAAGCGGCCUCCACGGUGGACAGACUCACGGACGUGAGCAAGUACACAGGAUCGCACAAGCAACGAUUCGACGAAAGCGGAAAGGGGAAAGGUAUCGCCGGCCGAAAGGAUAUACCCGACCAAUCCGGCUACGUGCAGGGCUACCAAAACAAAGACACCUACAAGGCCCACUAGCUUCAGAUUCGCGCGCUUCUGUGAUGUCUUCGACACUCUGUUGUCCCGUCCACGCACUUUACACGAAACGUCGUCGCGUUCUUGCCUCGUCUUCGUUAUCCUCGCGUUCCUCGAUCUGCACAAGGUUCUUCCGCAAGAUUCGCAGGCCCGUUGAACGGUGCCGUCGACGAUCGAUGCAGAGAAAUCGAUGAUCGGCGAACGCGUUGCAAGAUAACCUCGAUAGUACCGAUUGUCGGUAAAGAGAAUCUCGAAGCGAGUUUUCCGCUUCGACGUUGAUUCUUCGCGGCGAAGAGCGAUUCGAGGAAGAUGGUGAUGGAUUUGGAACGCGGUUCGUGGACUCGGUACUCGGUCUUUCUUGGACAAUUGCUGCUGUAGAUUUCGACAAUGCGUUUUUACCCAUGGAACAUCUGGGAGUGGGGCUUUUCCUUUAACAACAGGGAGAUACAUUUGUUAUACUAAUCCGAAUGCAAGCUGUAAUUAUCGUAUUUCACUCUGUUUCGAUUUCCGACACUUUGUAGAUCACCGUGUUUCGUUUGCUUUGUACUUCGUUCCACUCGAGCUCAUCGAUCAGAGAGCUUCCUCGCUUUUCUCACGAACAAUUGAUCCCAGAUGUGAUUCCAGUUUCUACGAGGUAUAUAUAUAUAUAUACGUGUGUGUGUAUUUAAUUAUUUGUCAGUUAAUAGUCUGUAGAAUUUAAAGAGACUGAGAUAAACACGAAAGUGGAUAUAGAAAAAUGAGGAUAGAAACUUAUUUAUUACAUUCGUCAUACCAACAUUUUUGUAUAUCAAAUAUUAUAGUUUUUUUUGUGGUUUUCAUUCUUUAAAUUUUCUUUCUACUUUUGAAUAUUCUAUAUACAGUUAUUGAUGGAUCACAAGAGUAGAUAAUUUUUAAAUCAAUCUCAUUCGAAUUGAUCAUUAAACUGGGAUCAUUUGAUGAUUAAAGAAAUAAGAUCAUGCAAUCUCGUAAUAACUUCGUUCAAUUGUUCAUUAUAGAAUAUAGAAUGUUGAACUCGUGUGAUUUUGAUCGAAAGACAAUUUCUUUUCUCUUCGACAUUUGCACAAUUAUUUCGACAGAAGCGCAAGUACAAAUAUCGCUUGAUUUUCUUUGUCUUUCGAACGCAAAUCGCGUGUUGAAUCGAAAAUCUAAAUGUGAUGCUAUUCGAACUUCAAAUUUCUUUUAUACGCUGUUCUCGAUCAUACAUCUCGACAUAUGUAUAUCAAAACGAUCAUAAAUGUAAAAUCUUGACUUAAGAAUUGAUUAUUGUUUCAUGAAAACGAUUAAGUCGAAGCUGCAAAGCAGACGAUUCUAAUUUCUUCUACUUAAUAUGCGUGUAAAGAUACGAAUGUGUUUGAGUGUAAGAUUCUCGAGAGUUAUUUUCGAAAGUUAUUUAUGUAGACAUUAAUGGACACUAAUGGAUUGACAAACAAUAAUUUUCUUAAUGCUUGUGGAAAAUAUUCUCGAAAAAUGAAAUUGAAGAGAGUAUUUUAAACACCGUGAUAAGAGAGAUUAUUCGAUUAUCCGUAAUUUCCACUCUUAGUGUCUAUUAGCGAAAAAUAAGGAACUUUCGAGAGUAUUGUUCUCAAAUAUAUCUGUACUCUGAUAUAUGCUUUUCUCCUCGAGGAAUUUUCAAAGCUAAUAAUAUCCUCAGAUACGUAAAAUGUCUACAAAUGUCGUAGUAUACGAUGAAAUUGAUGCAAAUUUCGAGAUAUUUAUGGUUAUUCUAUACGAAGAUGUAUUUACGUAUACAUUAUAUUAAUCGAAUUAAAGUGUACUUAAAAGUUGGUCGCCCAGCGUGCAACGGUGGCGAACUCGAGACCAAAAUCCGUAAUUCUUGGUACUAAUUCUUGAAGAUAUUUAAGUGAAAUGCGAAACUCACCGUUUUCAAUUGGCGACACGAUUGUGAAAGCGACAGAAUCUAUUUUUCAAGAUCUAUUUUCAAAAAUAAUUAUUAUUUAUUCCGUGUCUUCAAAAAAGUAGAUUAAGAAAAGGCAAUUCUCCGUUACUAGUAUUCAUAUAUAUUUAUAUUUGUUACCAAACAUUUUGUCGCCUUUUUUCUUUUCUUUUUGUUCUCACCUCGAAAAUUAUCUCGCUUUCGCAAAAGUGCCAUCAUCAUAACGCACUUUACGAGUUCUUUCUAAUCGAUGUACACUUAUUUAAGGGACAACGUACCUCGAUCGAUACUCUUCUGAUUUCAGGAGUUCGUUCGAUCAUUCGAAACAAUAAAGGCGAGUUGAAAUAAAAUUUAUCCAAUUAUCCCAUCA